CUCCUCCACUCGUUCUCUUGUCCUCUCGUCACCACCUCUACCCCUUCUCCUUUCCCGCCUCGCGAAACCUGUAUCCCACGUUUUUCCAGGUUUAUCUACCAGCCGAACCCUUUAUACUCUCACCAUUGUACUUGGUUUCCUCAACCUUUCAGUUUGGGCGGUGUUUAUUUCAUUUCACUGCCCUCGCCUCGUACCCGGGACAACUCGAGACUUUUCUCAACGUUUUUUCUUCUUCCGUUUUCCUUUUCCCUCCCCCCUCUUUCCUUUUUCCCUUACACAUCUUGGUCGGUAGAACCGCACACACUGAAACAGUAUCCAUGUCUUCUAUGGACAUCGAUUCCGGACCUCCAGUAACCCCUGGAGGACUAGGAACGCCAACAUCUCCAGCUCCAGAGACCCCGGCCAAGACAAACGGUGUAAAUGGUACACAUUUGCUUCCCCCGGAUCCGCCGAGGGAAGAGCUCGACGGGGAGGCAUACAAGCAGGCCGGCAACAAAUUCUUCAAACAAAAAGAGUACGGAAGAGCUGUCGAGCAGUAUUCCAAAGCCAUAAAAAAGGAGCCUGAGAAUGCUACAUUCUUAUCUAAUCGUGCGGCUGCCUACAUGUCGGCGGGAAAUUUUAACCUCGCUCUGGAUGAUUGCGUACUGGCUGAUCGCUACGCCCCGUGCAAUGCGAAGACAUUGCUGAGAAUGGCGAGGAUCCAGGUGGCUUUGGGGAGGCCGGAGGACGCUCUGGAGACUUAUGGAAGGAUGAACCCCCCGGCUAGCAGCAAGGACAAGGUUCCCGCGAUUCAGAUGAAGCAGCAUAUCAAGACUGCCGAGGCUUCGGUAGCCGAUGGGACUGCGAGCUCUAUGACGCUGUUCGCUAUUAAUCAGGCGGAAGACUUGCUGGGUACUGGUGUCGAACCCCCAAAGAAGUGGAAACUCCUUCGGGGGGAGGCAAAUCUCAAGAUGAACACUGCGAAUUCGUUGGGGGAAGCCCAGAAUGUCGCAAUGUCUCUUCUUAGGCAGAAUGCACAGGAUCCCGAUGCCUUGGUUCUUAGGGGCCGAAUUUUGUAUGCUCAAGGCGAAAAUCAGAAGGCCUCUCUUCAUUUUCAGGAAGCUCUUAGAUGCGAUCCCGAUAUGAAGCAAGCCAGGAUAUUCUUGAGACGGUCACGGGAGCUUGAGAAAAAAAAGGAGGCUGGAAACGAGGCAUUCAAAAAGGGUGAUUACAAGAUCGCCCGGGAGCUCUACUCUGAAGCCUUGGCUGUUGAUCCUUCGAAUAAAGGGACUAAUGCCAAGUUGUACCAGAAUCGUGCCGUUGCUAACACCAAGCUUCAAAAUUGGGAAGAAGCUCUCGCGGACUCUGAUGAGGCUAUUAAGCUUGAUUCGACUUACACCAAGGCCCGCAAGACCCGGGCGAAGGCUCUAGGACAGAUGGGCAAUUGGGAAGAGGCAGUUCGCGAGCUCAAGGCGGUAUCUGAUGCCAACCCAGGAGAUAGCAACAUCCGAAAAGAGAUCAAGGAAGCCGAGCUGGAGUUGAAGAAGAGCAAGAGGAAGGAUUAUUACAAGAUUCUUGGUGUGGACAAGACAGCUACCGACGCAGAGAUCAAGAAGGCAUACAGGAAGAUGGCCAUGUUACACCAUCCUGAUAAGAAUCCUGAUAACGCAUCCGCGGCCGAAAAGUUCAAAGAUGUCGGUGAAGCCUAUGAGACUUUGUCCGAUGCACAGAAACGUGAGAUGUAUGAUUCUGGUGUUGACCUACAAGAUGAUGAUAUUUUCAGCGGUGGUGGAAUGAACCCGGGGAUGGGUGGUGGUGCAAUGAAUAUUGAUCCUAAUGUAUUUUUCAAUAUGAUGGAUAAUAUGGGAGGCCGUGGCGGCAGCGGAAAUUUUUUCCCCGGCGGCGGCUUCCCAGGCGGCUUCCCAAGUGGUGCAGGAGGAGGGGGGGGGAGAAGAGGGCCACGAGGGUCCCAAGGUUUCCCGAAUUCAUUCUCAUUUUAGAAGCAAAAGGGCGGGGUCUAGAUUAUUGCGAUGUAGGGCAAUUUGCAUGGAACAAAUGGUGUUGUCGUGGGAGUCCGAAAAGCGUUCUGCGAGUGCUGAACGGGAUUUGUUUUUUUAUCAUUCAUCUCUCUCUCCCUCUCUCCCUUUGUGGUUUCUUAAUAUCUCGAAUAUGAUUCUUACUAUUG